AUGAAGUGCACUUUAGUUUCCACAUUGUUUGCCAUCACCAAUAUUCUAGUUGCACAUGCACAAGUAAGCAACUCCUCAGACACGUUGGACGUACAAUUUGCGAAUAGUACGAACUCGUACAUAGAAGGAAAAUUUAAUUCGACUGAUGAAGCCUUCAACAGCAGCGCAUCUUGGUCCUUAGCAGCUCAGCAGAAAAAGAUAUCUAAUGCAGCUGUAUAUGAUGUGGGUGGUUGGAAUGGCUCAUUGUAUCGUUCCAAUAGAAGCGCUGUUGCAGAUCAUCAACCCGGCAAAAAGCAAGAUGCCGCUAUUUCACAGAUCAGUGAUGGUCAAAUCCAAGCCACUGCGUCUGGACCUGAGACUACCGCUGCUACUACCCCAAGUAGUACCGCAAAUGUCUCUGUCUAUGAAGGUGCUGGUAUGAAGGUUGAAUCCAAGAACAUGGGUUAUAUAGUUGGAGUAGCAGCGCUAUUAUUUUUAUAA